UAAAUGGAGUAAAAUAUUCGUGAACCUUUUUUUUUCCUUCACGGGAACUCCAAUAAGCUUGGUUCCCAACUAUAUAAAUUUGACACGAAACAAAUGUAUUGUAAAGCAAAACUUAUUUCGUGUUUUCCUUUCUUAAUUAUAUAUAUGAAAUGAGGUUCUUAGUGAUCUUGGCAAUUGUAGUGUUAGGCUUGAUAGGCCUAGUUCUUGGGGACAUAUGCACAGCUGCUUCUUAUGGUCCUCCAUAUAUACCCACACGUUGCAAUGGAAACCGACAAGAUCAGUUCCCUCCAGGAAAUCUUUUUGUGGCAGUGAGUGAGGGAUUGUGGGAUAAUGGUGCUGCCUGCGGGAGGCGUUAUAGGCUGAGGUGCUUAAGUGGAAAUAACAAACCAUGUAAGGACGGCACCAUUGAUGUUAAGGUGGUGGAUUACUGCCCACGAUCGCCGUGCCCUUCCACGCUUCUCAUGUCGACUAAUGCUUUUGCAGCCAUCUCUAACUCUCCCACAGCAAAAAUUAACGUCGAAUAUAUACAGAUAUAAUAAUUGAUGUACUGUACAGAAACUGCUUUACGUUCUGGACAGAGUAUUAGAAAUUUAGAAUGAACAUAUUGUUAUAAGCUGUGUGUUUUGUCUCAAAGGAAAACAAGUGUGAUAGUCUUAGCUCUAAAGCCUCACGUGUGUUCACUUAAAGCCAACGACAACAUUUUAGUCUUCAGACUCUUCCCCUCCUUCAUCAGCUCCAAAUAUCUGUUAUAACCAUUGGAUUCCGUUGCAACAGAGAUUCUUGCCAGGCAGUACAUCUAGAUAUUUUCCUUAAGAUGUUUUAUUGAUUCCCAAUACGUGUAUAAAUACUCAGACUGUGUAAUGUAUUAGUGAGUUGAGCAAAUACAGAGGUUGAUAAUGGCCUCUUUGUAAAAUAUAUUUUAAAUCUUAUUUCAUCUUGAUCAUUAAUUAGGAUGCUAAGAA